AUGGGCAAUUUUACCUUCGCCAGCAAAGAUGCCUCAGUUGAGACCGUCGGAAGUGGCCCCUUGGCCGAGCAGCUGCGGUCAAGCAGCACGCCGGGCGAGAUAGCAAUGGCACAACCCGAAUGGCGCGCCGCUGAAAAGAGGCUUGUGAGAAAACUGGACAUGUCACUAUUACCUAUAGUCUGGACUCUCUACAUGUUCAACUACCUCGACAGGAAUAAUUUGGCACAGGCGAAGCUGAACGGGUUUGAAAAGGAUCUAGGCCUCGUGGGGAACCAGUUCAAUACGGCGGUUUCGAUCUUCAACGUCGGGUAUAUGACUGCACAGUUACCGUCGAACAUGCUCAUCACCCGCGUUCGGCCGAGCAUAUAUAUCCCGUGCUGCGUGAUACUAUGGUCGUGCGUGUCUGCUUCAACAGCGGCAGCCAAGAACUUUUCCAGUCUCGUCGUCAUCAGAGUCAUGUUGGGGAUCGUAGAGGCUCCUUUCUUCCCAGGUGUUUUUUACGUCCUCUCGUGCUGGUACACCCAAAAAGAACUCGCUCUCCGCACAGCGACCUUGUUCUCAGGCAUGCUCAUCGCGACCUCUUUCGCAGGCCUAAUCGCUGCGGCUGUUUUCUCGCACCUGGACGGCGUCCGAGGGCUGGCGGGGUGGCAGUGGCUCUUCAUCAUCGAAGGUGCAGGGAGCUUUGCCUCAGCCUUUGCGGCGCUCGCAUUUCUGCCGGAUUAUAUUGGCUCUAGGACAGGGGUCUGCUCAUGGCUUAUGACUGAACGGGAACUGCAAGUCGCAGAGCAGAGGAUGGAGGCGGAUCGUGUGUCGGUGCCGAAAGAGAAAGCAACUGUGUGGCAUGGGCUUCGGCUUGCAGUUAAAGAUAUACGAACAUGGCUUUUCGUCUGUCUCAACGCGUUCUUUCUGUCGUGCCACGGCCUAAGUAGCUUCUUCCCCACGAUAGUGAAGGGUUUAGAGCUGGGCUCGAACACAAUCACGCUCGUCCUCACUGCACCGCCGUACCUCCUGGCUGCGGUGGUGGCCUUGUGUGUCGCUGUGUCCAGCGACCGCCGCGGCGACCGCGGACUGCACAUCGCGGGUACCCUAUGCGUGGCAAUGACCGGUUACAUUAUAGCCGCGGCCACGGUGAACAGGCCGGUGCGGUACUUUGCGAGUUUCCUGUUCAUCCCUGGGGCAUACGCGCCGACGGCAUUAAUCUUCAGCUGGGCUGCGAGCGCACUCAAUGAAACGCCGGAAAAGAGGGCGGCAGCGACGGCGAUCGUAUGCUUGCUGGCGCAGCUGGGAAAUGUUUGGGGGCCGUAUUUCUUCAGGCCCCAGGAUAGUCCGCGAUAUCUUCUUGCAUUCAUACUGAUGUUGAUGUUUUCGGUGUUGACUAUCGGCAUGACAUUUUUGAUGAGGUUUAUACUGGGAAGAGCGAACAAAAGGCUCCUUGCCGAGACUGAUGGAACGGGAAAGAUGCCUAGGCUGUAUAUUCUGUAA